AUGGCUGACUGGUUGUCGUACAGAGCUCUGUUCGUGAAGAACUUGAGCUACAACGUAACUCCAGAGGAGUUGUUCGACCUGUUCGGAAAAUUCGGCCCAAUUCGACAGGUCCGUCAGGGCAUUGCAAGCGGCACCAAGGGUACCGCCUUCGUUGUCUAUGAAGACGUAAUGGAUGCGAAGCAAGCUUGCGACAAGCUAAACGGCUUCAACUUCCAGAACCGAUACCUCAUCGUUCUGUAUCACCAGCCAGAGAAGAUGCUCAAGUCAAAAGAGGACCUCGAGGCUCGCCAGGCUCGUUUAGCGCAGCUCAAGACACAGCACGGCCCGUCUAUUUCUUCUUCAUCUAAACGAACCACUUCUCCGGAUCAGAAGACGAUCCUCAGAAAGGGCAAGCCGACCAUCACCGGGCGCGCACCCAGAACCGGUGUACGAUUCGCCGACGGAGUGCUCCCCAAGGCCCAGACUUGCGCUUGA